CUGUUGAUGACCAGUUUCUGCGACAGGUGAGACUAGGAGGGUUUAUCUUCAGAUGGCCCAUUUAUAAACUGAUAUCCUCUUUGAACACAAAUUUCUGAUUAAACAGGGUCAUACCUAAUGUCAGGUGCACAAUGGCCACGCGCCAUUUCUUUUGUUCAGUGGUGUCUCCAAGUUUUGAUUGGCCAAGAUUUUGGAAAUUGCAAGCCACAUGGUGUCUUGAGGAUCAACAUGUGCCAGGAGUAUAAUGCUCUUCUUUAAGUAUUUUAACGGCUCUAGCUGACUAUAAUUAUCGGCACACGUCUGCUCCUUUGUUGUGGUGUAGAGUCUAUAUGGGGAAUCACUCUACCAUGACAGCUGGUCGCGUGGCCAGGUGAUUAUCUUACACAGGUAACUUACAGGAGCCCUAUCUUAGCCCCUCCCCCUUCCUCAGACUGACAACAGGAACUCAGGCAAAAAGCAACAGAUCUCCAAAUCAAAAGACUCGGCUAAAAAUACUCUGACAGAUGGAAAACAUUUUCUGUAGGGAAGAAUAGAAGACUUAAUCAAUUAUUCAAAUAUUUCAAAAGCAGGAGGGAAGUGUGGCGCACUUUUUUACGCGUGUUUGGUACAAAAGCCCCUUGUCUUAGCUCCUCCCUCUCUUGUCAGACCCAGUGACGGCUCAGAGCUUUUGAUGUUAGAACCACUUGAUGAAAACUGCAUGAAAAUGUAGGACCACUAUUUUAUUUUUGAAGAGUGGAAUUAAUUAGAUAAUCAAUUUGUACCCAUUCAGCUGUGUCUUGGACUCUUGGGUAUAAAUUCAGAAGACAGAUGGAACAGGACAACAGAUAGCUUUAUAAGUUGACCAGAUAGCACCUUACGUAGAAGAGUCUUUUUAGUUUGGACUUUUUUGUUUCUAUAGGUAGACAGUUUUGAGUGAUUUAGUGUCAGUUUAGAAUCCAAAGAAAUGGCAUCCAAUAUCAUCAUCCCCAUUGUAAUUUUCAUCAUCAGCUUACUAGACCUUGUUACAGGUGAAAUCAGUUCAGCAAGUGCCUGCUUCUCUCGAGCUAACAAAAUCGACAUUCAGUGUUCUCCGCGGACGAUGCUGAGAAUACACAAGGUUUUCUUUGGGUACAACAGUGAGGGGAGGUGUUCCUUCGCCCCCGGUGACUGCAUCUAUAUGGAGCACGAGAACUACCCCUGUGUGGGGAAAGAGACCUGCAGCAUCAACCUCCCCAGCGGAGGGUUUGGUCGGAAGAUUCCGUCUUGCCAGCAAGAGAGUACCUACUUCCAAGUAGACUACGAAUGUGUUCCAGCAUACAUGACCAGAAGUAUUUGUAAUGUUGAGGAUCUGAGGGACCAAUCCGGGUAUUUAGCCAGCCCUGGCUACCCUAACAACUACCCAUCUAAUCUGGACUGCUCUGCCAGAAUCUAUGUGAAACCCAACCAAAACAUCAGACUUUUUGUGAUCGACAUGGACCUGGAAACUAAUGGCUCCAUACAGUGUAUGGACUACCUAUAUGCCAGGGACAAGUCACGCAGCGUCACUCUGUGUGCCCGUCGUGCCAACGAGCCUAUAUCCAUCAUGUGGGACGAGCUCUUCAUACAGCUUAUGUCAAACGGGAUCGAAAAUCACAAGGGAUUCUGGCUGUAUUACGAAGCUGAUCCACCACUUCUGACAACCACCACCGCCUCACCGGUUGUAAGAACCACUACAGUUUCUGAAGUCUUUGAUGAAGAGGCCCCUGCUCCCAUGACCAGGACUGAUACUGUCAGAAUGCAGACUGAGGAAAAUAAACUACCCUUUGUGGCCAUUAUUGGAGGUGUGAUUGGGACCCUGAGUUUUAUUUUGUUUGUCCUUCUAAUCCUUCUGGGGAUAAAAUGGUGGAAAGAGAGAAGAAGACGAAUGGACAAGAACAGAUUCAUAGAGGUCCAAAACCCAGCCUACAGAAAUAGCACGGAAUUCCGCAAUAGUAACGUGUCCAGUGACAAUUUCUAUAAUUAUAUUGACUGCUGAGGGUGUCAGUAAGAAGAGUUCACUAAUUCAUGACUAAACAAUCAAACUUCGCUGUAAUUAAAUUCCCCUCUCAAGCCCCAGAAGCAGGCAUUCAAAGUCCAGCGGCAAGAACCAAAGGAGAUCUGUGCCCGGCAAUUGCUGAAUUUACUGGCAUGAAAUUUUGCUGUGAGCUGAUGAAGCAAGAAAUUGGUGUUUAUUCAGCAAACAAUUAAUGACAAAUGUCUGUCCACAGACCUCAGCUGAGACUAAGAUUUUCAAGUGGACAGGACUCCAGCUUCACUUCACCUUACAGUGACCGCAGAAAUAGACUGCAUUUUACUUUUGUUUCUAAACUUGAUCUGUGAUAACAAGAUUAUAAUGGCACGCACACAUGGAGGAUUUAAUGGUGCAAUAUACAUCUGAUGUGUAUCUAUGAAAAACACAUAUUGUGCAAUAUAUUUUUAUUACAUAUUUAUAUACUACAUUGUACAUAUACAAAAAAAAAAUCAGCUCUCCAUUUUGACACAUUUUCUCUCACACCAUGUACUUUAAGUUACGGCAUAUCAAAAACUGCAUCAAAGAAAGAAAUCUCUUCUGAAUGACAACAAUAGAGCACAAAUAUUUUAUGACUGGCAUCAAUGAGUUUCAUCUCUAGGUGGAUAAAGAGAUUUUUUUCCAAUUCCCUGAUGACUCAACACCAGGUUUAAAAAGUGGAAAAAGUGAUUGUUUUGAAUUUGACAUAGAAAUCAAUAUCAUUGCAUUGAUAAGACAUAAGGGCUCUUGUAUCCCGCGAUUAAACAUGGUUAUUGCGUGACAAAGCCACCAAAUUCUGGUGCCUUUACAUCAUUCGAUUAAUGAGCUUUUCUGCCCUAGGUCUUUUUGUUCAUUAGCAGUCCCUUAAUUCGAUGCCGAUUCACAACAUACACAAAAAAUUAAAUAAAGCCUCUGGCACAUAACAAGAACUGAAUAAUUUACCCUAAAAAUUAUGGAGUGUAUAAGUUAUUGAUGAAUCACUUAAUAUUUUGUUCCAUUUUAUCACAGUUUACGUUCUUGCACAAUAAUUACAAUUGUGGUUAUAGAACUGACCUAGUUGUAGCAGUAUUUAUAGAAUUAAUGUUUUUGUUUGUAAAUAUUCCAAUGUGCACUAAUUUAUUAUUAUUUAUUUUGUGUAAAUUGUGCCCAGAGCAAGCCUCUUUAAAUGGGAUGAAACUCAGAAUACUAGCUAUUCAGAGAACUUGGAUAUUUCCUUGGUGUUAGAGUUACCUCCCAUUGUCAGGUGCUUGUUAAGUGGUUGUGCUGUGAUAUGCCAUUAAUUCUAUGUAAAUUAUUUCUAGUCAAAACCCCAUUUAUUGUUACCAUGUACUAUGCUGGCCUUAAAAAUAUAUCAAUAUGUACAAACCUUCUCCUGUUUAUAACUAAUCAUGACUUUCUACUUAAAAUUCACCAUCUCUUUUUGAUUUUGAUUACAAAUUCCUGCUUUUACCUCCUGCACAAGUUUUCAUUUUUGAAUAGUUAUACAUAUUUUAAAAAAUCAUGCUAAUUAACAAAGGAUCUCAGAAUUAUCAGUAUUAAUCUUUUUUACCAGAAGUCGAUUCACCAUUUAAAUUCCUUAACAUGUUUCAUAAUUCUUAGUACUGGCCUUGUUAAUCUAAUUCAGACAUGUAUAUGAACAUUUUUCAAUCAUGUUUUACGAUUCCAUCCAUCACGGACAGAGAAAUCCACAUCUCGAUCAUUUUAACACAUUGCUAAUUAAGCUUUGUAGCUUAAUUAAUUGUUAAAAAUCAGCUGUUUAGAUGCACUACAAAAUGACAUCAAACAUUUACUCCCAAAUCACUGUGUAUAUUUCUGAUUUCUACACAUCGGAUGUUUUGUUGUAUGUAGGAAUUUGUUCCCACUGAAAGACACAGAUAUGAAAUCCACAUUCAUUCCACAAUGUGUUUGUUGUGAGAAUUUGUUUGUUGUGUAUCAUGAUUUCUGUGCUGAUCUAUUGGGGUAAAUGCAAUUUCUGUGUUUUUUUUCAUCAUUUAUAGCUACCUAUCUAUCAUGCAUAACUUGUUGGUAAAAUUUCAAAUUGCUGGCAAUUUUUAAAAAAAAUAUAUGAAUAAUGUAUAUCAUUUGAAUGAAAAUGAAAUAAAUAUGAAAAUUAU